AAAACUUCAAACGGUUUUAGAUGUGCGUUGACAUAAUGGGAAGAAAACUUCUAAUCAAAGUUGUUUGAUAACUUUACCAUUGGAGAGGCAGGCUAUAAGAACCCACAUAAAAUAACAAAACCAUAAAUCAUAUCAUACGAUGCAGCUAGAGAGCAGAAACAAGGGAACUAUUAGAGUUCCAAAUGAAAAAAUUCAAUCAUCGUCAUCCACACCACCACCACAACCGGAAUUCAACUGUAACCACUAUUACCUGCAGCUGGUCAAGCAAACUCCUAUGAUGGUCAUCAUCUUUGCCACGAUGGCGCUUUCGUGUUUGGUUAUGUAUCACUCUUCUAUCACCUUGCCAGUUUCCGGAGGCUACAACAAUCACAGUGCAAAUUCAUUGAGCAGGAUACUAAAAGGUGCAACAAUGGACAACAAUACUGUUAUUAUUACAUCUUUAAACGAUGCAUGGGCUGAACCGGAGUCUAUGUUCGAUCUUCUUUUGGAGAGUUUUCAAAUUGGGAAUCAAACCAAAAGAUUUUUGAAACAUUUGGUUGUUGUAACUGUCGACCAAAAGGCACAUGCCCGUUGUUUGAGGUUACAUCCGCAUUGCUACAAUCUUAACACCGAUGGAAUGGACUUUUCUGAGGAGGCUGGUUUUAUGACAGCUGAUUAUUUGAAGAUUGUAUGGAGAAAAAUUGACUUUCUAGGCAAGGUUCUUGAUCUAGGAUAUAGCUUCGUGUUCACGGAUGCAGACAUAAUGUGGUUUAGAGAUCCAUUUUCACAGUUUGAUAAAGAUGCUGAUUUCCAAACUUCUUGUGAUUUCUUCAAUGGAAACCCAUCUGACUUGAGAAACCAACCAAAUACUGGUUUUAGUUAUGUUAAAUCAAAUGAGAAAACAAUUCAACUUUACAAGUUUUGGUACAAGUCAAGGAUGACUUACCCAGACCUACAUGAUCAAGAUGUUUUCAACAAGAUCAAGUUUGAUCCUUUCGUACAAAAUAUUGGAUUAGGAAUUCGGUUCCUCGAUACUGCUUACUUUGGUGGCUUUUGUCAUCCAAGCCAAGAUCUCAACAAGGCAUGCACAAUGCAUGCUAAUUGUUGUGUUGGUUUAGAGAAUAAGGUUCAUGACCUUGGAGUCAUGCUCAAUGAUUGGCGAAAAUAUAUGAAAUCUUUUGUGAAUGAAACAAGAGGAGAGUAUAAAGGUUCUUGGACAGUUCCUCAACUUUGCAGGGAUUCUUUCCGUCGUCCUCGUGCUCCAAAGAAGAAAGUUGGUCAAGGAAUAAAGAGUUGAUCGCUAUAUGUAACGUUACUUAAAUAUUAGGUUGCACAAUUCUUUAAGAUUAUGGUUUAGAAAACAUACAAAAUGUUUUCUAUAUGUAAAAAUUGCAUAGAAUGAGGUACAAUUCUAUUUCUAUUGACAAUGACAUAACAAAUGUGUAUUUUUUUAGACUAAGUUUUAUUGUAGGAUAUGUAAUUUAUUGUCUUGCUUUUCAA